AUGUCCCACAGAGAAUCCCAAGAAGGGCUAUUGGAACUUGAGGAUUUCCAAAACGCCCCAAAAUGUCCUCCUUACUCCGAAGAUGAAUCUUUGAUGCCCCUUGAAGUGAGAUUCAAGAUAGGGGAUACUUCAAAGUUCAAAACAUCUUCAGACCGCAUACUCUUUUUCUUCAACGAAAAUUUAUCUGUAGAGGAGGCCGGCGAAAAAGCUUUCAAGGACACUUUCGGAAGUAUUCCCAAAGAAAUACAUGCAUCCAUCGAAUCAAGAAGUUCGCUGCCAUCGGCAAUUGCCAAUGCGAAUCUGAAGAUCAAGCACCUUUUCAAGAAGAAUGAGACGUUGGCGGUUUCAGAUAAUCUCAAGGCCUACCAGAGAAGAAAUAACUGUAAUACUUUGCUUAUAAUGUCUCUUAUGGUGUCUCUUGUUGCAUUGCUAAUCGGUCUCGUUUUCAUAAUUUUAGCUGCAGUAGAUUGA